AUGGCGGCCGAUCUAAACAAAUUGCGACGCCAGCGAGCUGGCAUUAAAGGCGCGUGCACGCGAAUAAAGGGUUACGUUGACUCCAACCUACAAAUAACGCCCGCCGUUGUUCUCAAGUGCGAAGAGCGAUUUAAGAAACUAGAAAAAUACUGGUCGGAUUACAGCACGACGCAGUCGGAAAUAGAGGAAAUGGAUGAGUCGGAAUGUGCGGAUAGAGUUCACUUCGAGAAUACCUUCUACGCGUUGUCUGCCGACUUGCGCAGAAUAAUUGAUUCGAUGUCCGCGAAUAAUCGCCUGAUCGUUUCGGGAUCAAUUUCUCCGGCUACCGAUUAUCUACAUGCGGAUCAUGCGUCUAGUGUGCGUUUGCCAAAGCUGAAUUUGCCGUCGUUUUCCGGAAAAUACGAAGACUGGUUCUCCUUCCACGACAUAUUCAACAAAAUUAUUGACGGUAAUCCUUCGCUCAGUAAUUCGGAGCGAUUUCAAUACCUCAAGACGUCUCUCACCGGAGAGGCGGCUGACAUAAUAGAUUCGCUGGAAAUAACAGAUGAAAACUAUGCGGUCGCGCGCGAGCUGUUGCGAGAGCGAUACGACAACGUCAGACAUAUUGUGAAUGCGCAUAUUACAGCGAUCUUCGAAUUGCCAUCGAUGACUCGUGAGAACGCUCGCGAACUGCGACAUAUCGCAGAUGGCGCCGCCAAACACGUUCGCGCUUUGCGAGCGUUAAAGCGCCCGACCGAUUCUUGGGAUGACCUUCUAAUUUAUAUUUUAACGAACAAAUUAGACAGUGUCACGAGGCGCGAGUGGCAGGCUUCUCUGACCGUGCCUGAAUUACCCACACUCUCUCAGUUUUUAAAGUUUCUAAACCACACGUGUGGAGCGUUGGAAUCAGCUGGAAAAAAUUCUUCCACUUCGAGUCAACCUGCUCCGCGCAAUCAACCAAAUAUAAAGAAGCAUGCCGCUCACGUGGCUACGAUUAGGAACAAAUGCACCUUUUGUGCUGGUGAGUUUUUCAUAUAUUUCUGCAAGGAAUUUACGAAAUUGUCUGUCGAGCAGCGAAUUCUUGAAAUGCGUAAGCGCAAAUUGUGCACCAAUUGUUUGAAGUCAAAGGGUCAUUCCAGCGAGAAAUGUACAUCGGGCGCCUGCAAGACAUGCGGAAAGAAGCACAAUACCCUUCUUCACCUCCCAACUAGGCAACCGGUCGAACCUGACGAUGCCGGGCCAUCGUCGAUCGAAUCCUCCGAAGAUGCGGCGGCCGCUGCCACUGUCGGCGCGGUUUCUACGGUGUCGAGCUACGUCAUGUUGUCUACCGCGGUAGUCUACGCGUAUGACAGCGUUGGCUCGCGAAAGUUGUGCCGUGUCUUGCUCGAUUGCGGCUCCCAAGCAAACCUCACAUCUCGCUCCUUUUUCAACCUAUUAAAAUUAAAGGCGCGAAUGCUCAAUGUAUCCUUGGCUGGCAUAAAUCACACUACGACUUCGGCUAGUCAGGUUGUCCAAUUAAAGGUACAGUCGCGUCUUGGUGCGUUUUCAACGGUCGUAAGCUGCAUUGUGGUGGAUCGAAUUACCGACAGGCUCCCAAGUAUCCCGAUGAAGCGCAACGACAUGGUCUUGCCUUCCAAUAUAAAAUUAGCUGAUCCUCAAUUUUAUGAGUCAUCCGAUAUUGACGUUUUAAUCGGCGCGGAGGUGUUUUGGCAGCUACUAUGCGUGGGUCAGGUCAGGUCCCCUUCGGAUCAUCUUACUUUGCAGAAGACUCGGCUAGGGUGGAUUUUGGCCGGUAGGGCCGGCGAUCCUCGACCGGCCUCAUUCCCUUAA